AUGAAAACAAAUCAAUCAGGCUUCACGCUGAUCGAACUCAUGAUAGUAGUUGCUAUUAUUGGUAUUCUUGCAGCAGUUGCAGUACCGCAAUACCAAAACUACAUCGCGAAGUCGCAAGCAGCAGAAUCAAUGUCUUUAUUCUCAGGUGGUAAAGCCGCAAUCUCUAACAACCUACAAGCGGGCGUUUGUACCACUGGUACGGAAGAUACUGUUGUUGGUAAAUAUGGUACGCUAACUGUAGGUGGUGCGCCUUUAGCUACCACUGGUGACUUAGUGUCUAGCGGCUGUACAAUGACUUAUACCUUUAAAGCUGCUGCUGCAGGUGUAUCAACAAAAGUUGCAGGUAAAGAUUUGACUGUAACUGUGAAUAACAACGGCACAUUCUUCAAGUCUGGCGGCACCUUGGAAGAUAUCUUCCUACCUAAAGCUUUAGCUACUGCUGCGUUCUCUAAAUAA